UUCACUUCUUUCAUCGACGCACACCAUUCCCUGCCUUAUCACGUACAUUGUCACUCGCUUGUCUUGCUGCGCUCAAGCCUUCUUUCAAUUCUCUGCUAUUGAGUGUUCCCACUUACGUAAAAUUGCGAUGCAUUGAACAAUCAUUUUGAGUCAGUUCUGUUGACAGCAAAGUGCGUUGCUAACAUCAGGCCUUAUCGAUACACCGCCAGCAGAUUUAGUAGGUUGCUCGCCUUUAAGCCUCGUUCAGCAGUACUCUUUAAUGCUAGUUGUCUUACAUGCAGAACUAUGGACGGUACCCUAGCAGUCGAGCUUAUGCUCGAUAUCUUUGAACAUGUUGUCUUCAAGGGAGGCCACGACGACUGGAAGGCAUUGAUAGCACUGUCGCACGUCUCCCAGAAGUGGCGGAAUUUGUUGCUGAUGAAUACUCCUAUGUGGCGUCACAUCUCCCUCCCCAUAGGAAUCCAUCAAGAGAGAAGUUGGGAACGGUGUUAUGUGUGGCUUGAAAGGUCUCGGUCAUCUCUUGUCGACAUCUCCCUGUGCGUAUCCGAUCAGGGGCACCUAAGUCAAGGGCCAAACACGACCCGGAGGUCCUCGGACCGCUACUUGUAUAAUAUUCAUCGAUGCUCCUCACUUCUCCUAGACUACAUCAACGGAACGGACAUAACUGAUAUUAUUCUUACCACUCUGCUCCGGCUCCCACCCCAACCCAGUCUACGGAAGCUCUCCUUCAGAUGCACAGGAUCCACUUCCGUUGGGUGCGCUGCGUUGUGGCCCAAUAUCCAAAAUGUUCGACUUUGGAGCGUCGAUCGGCUGAUCGCCCCCGGACUACGGAACCUCACAUCGUUCCAUUAUUCGGCAAGUCAAGACCUCCUGAUAUCUUUCAUUUACGCUACGAGUCAUGACCAUGAAGCCACUCAAAGGCUAUUCACGAUGUCAUCGUUGAAACGUCUUCUCGUACACAGUGGACCCCGCAUGUUGACAUACAUGAUGCGCCAUGUCUCCAUUCCAUUUGUUGAAUACCUUGGAGUUGCCAUCGACAGAACACAUGAGCUGGACUGGGAUUAUAGUGGACCCGAUAGAGACCCACCGACCCUCAUGACGUUUUAUGAUUCCGUCUUUCCAUAUCUCCACCAUGCUGACUUUGCUCAUGUCCCAUUGAGCCUCAUCCAAGCUACACUUUCACGGUCGCCAAAUUUGAGUACCCUUGCGAUCAACAAUGAGGCGGAAGGGCUUGCUUGCACGGAACAUUUGGCCAAGCUUCUUGUGUCGCCGGCGCAGCGCAACGUUCCCAUCCGGUGCUUGAGGUUCAGGUUCUUUGAUUCGUCACUCACCGAGAACGAGAUUAUGCGUAUUGCUGACUUCUACAUCAAGAAAGGGAGGCCGGGCACCGAACACAGGGAUUCAAAACUUGAUUUGCUUGAGAUUGCUCACUGUUCUUCGUUUCCGUCUAGUAUUGCUUCAGCAGAGAAGUUCAUGCAUUGCUUCGAUACUAUCGAGCUGGCUGACGAUUAUGUCCUCCGUGCCUUGCAGCCCCCGUAUAGCUUCAAGGUCGUCCCUUUGUACAGUCAUUAUGAACGCAUCAAUCUUGUACGCUAUCCGCCAGUGUAGUACCUAGCCACAAAGUUAACUCGUGAACAUAU